AUGGACAUGAACUUUGCCGCGGCUGCUGCUGGUUUGGAGGGCGGAGAGGGAGCGGCUGCGGCUGCGGGGGCGGCCGCGGGAGAGGUUGCGGGAGCGGGAGCGGGAGCGGCUGCGCCUGCUGGUGCGGUGGCGGAUAGCGGCGCGGGAGCUGCUGGUGCUGAUCUGGGCGGCGUCGCUGAUGCGGUGGCUGCUGCUGCUGCUCGCGCCGCUGCCGAGAGGGAGGCGGCGUACAAGGAAAUCGACGCCAUGUACGAGGCCAGCCAGUACGUCCAGCCCUGCGAGUACAACACAGAUGACGACGUCGACGAGGACAACUUUAAGUCCUACGUGCAGAGGCAGGUCAAGGGAUUCGAGUCUCGGAUUCUGAAGACAGUGCGUAGGGGAAGGCAUGCUUGCCCCUUCAGUCCCUGCAAGGUGAAGGACGGCGCGCUGGCUUCCCUUGAGAUGCAUGCUAUGGACACUAGCGACAGCGCCCGCGAGUGGCAGGGCAAGGCUGACCACGAGGCACUUGCAAGGAUCGACCCCGAGCCUCCACCGCGCCUCCUCCUCCGCCACCCCGAGCAGCUGCCGUCCCGCCUCUCCUCCUCGACCUACGCAUCUCCGGCGUGUUGCUCCGCCGCCGUGGCGCCUCCUGUGCGAUUCCGAGCAGCCGCCGUCGCGCCUCUCACGCUCAAUCUACCCUGCGCCGGAGUUGGAGGAGCAGCAAGGGGCGGCGCUGGGACGGAGGUGGAGGAGCACGGAUUCGGCGCCAGCAGUCGCAGGCCUCUGCUCCUCCUCCAAUACCCACCUGCUCCUCUCCUCUCCUCCCCCAAUCCUGCUUAUGCUCGUCCAAUCCGAGUGACGAAGGCGGCUGGACGUGUGAGCCGGCAGCGGCAGGGCCCGCGCGCCUACCGACGGACGUGGGAGCCGGCGGCGGCAGGGCCCGCGCGCCUAGCGACAGCCGGUGGCGGGCAGCGCGCGCAGGCGGCGGCGCGUCCACCGCCGGCGGAGCUCAAGAUCUCCGGCCGCUGGACAAGGAGGGAGGGAGCCUAG